CGUGCUCGACUACCGACGACAUUUCAAAAAUCCCAUCGCCUCUGUGCUUAAACCUUUCCCCGCCGUUACAAGACCUAUCACAUUCAUCAACCCAUAUACGCCAAGAUGGUCAAGCUUGAAGAGGUCAUUGAUGAAGAAUUCCUCCGCACCCAAGAAGGCCCAAUCGACGACGACGACUGGGACACCGACACCGACUCUGAAACAUCCUCAAUCGCCUCUAUCACCCCCGAUGAAACGCUCUAUGAGCGUAUCCUCGCUCUGCAAGACAUCAUUCCUGCACCAUACCGUCGAAGCAUCAACUCCAAAUUCUCAACUGCCUCGUCAUGGGUGAAAUCAGGAAUAGUUAUGGGUGGUAAGACGUUGUGGGUGGUGAGCACGAGCGCGUUGUUGUUGGGGGUACCGUGGGCGUUGGCGUAUAGUGAGGAGCAGCAGAUGGCAGAGAUGGAUCGGGAGAUGCAGAUGCAGCAGCGGACUAAUGAAUUCCUCACACCCGGCGCUCAGCCAGGCGCACAGGUGAACCCCGCCUUGUGAAUCUCCCAGAAUUCCGACAUUGGCCACUCGUCUCAUAUCUUGGCGCUUGAUUCUUGUACAAUUGUUUCCAUUAUAGGUGAAGGAACAUGGGAUAGGGGAAUGGGACGGGCACGAAAUGAAUUGAAUGCAUACGAUGUAAGAAAGUCGUAUCUAACACCCUGUACUUUUAGCUUUCUCGGCUCUUCCAAUACUGCAUGUCUUCACGUUCGUCCUGACAUGCAACACUGCAUCGAAACCACGAGUGAUUU